CUCGCCCUUUUUCAGGCUAUGCGACAGAUGGGCCACCAACGCGCAUUGCCCAUGAUCACCUCCUGGACAUCGGAUUUUUCAAUCCCCGAAGGACGACGAUUCGAUGAUUCGGACCUGGUUCUGCCAUACGACGUGAAGUUCUCCAAGCAUUUCGUGGCCCGGCUGAGAAAGGUGACCAGACCCAGGAUUUGGGACAGACGCUCCUGGGGACCAGGCCGCAGUCGGCGGGCAACAGUUUAAGUGGGAUUAAUCAAACGGGAGCCAUGCCCAAGACUCCGGUCGGAUCGUUUAUGGCCAGAAGCAACACCACCACUGGCUUGGCCAACAUGUCGAAGUUCGGGCUCAGUCAGUCGCAGUCCUUCAGCGGAGUCCUCGGUCAAUCCAAUCGCGCCUCCUUGGGAACUCCGUUGAGCCAGCUCCAAAGUAGCAUUAGCCAGCAGUCCAUGUCCAUGAAGCCAGCGAAACCGAUCGAGCCGGAGUUGUGUUUGGAGCACAUCUGGACGGAGAACAUCUACGGAGUACAACGUGAACUGUGCGAGAUGGCCACCCGAGCCUUCAUCCACACGGAUUUGGUGGGCCAGACAUUUCUGUGCUACCUGCUCGCCCGCUCCUGCCGCCUCCAGAUGGUCCGCCUCACUGGCUAUGGAAGCAGUGAAGUGCAGCUCUCCACACUGGCCACGACUCUGGCAGCCAAGGAUGCUGUGGGUCUGAAUGUAAAUGGUCGCAGUCCUCGAUCCUAGCGGUAGCCUAAUCCUCUACACCGGAACCGUGCUCAUCGGUUCAUUAUGCUAUUUAAUUUUUAUGUUACAUAUAAGCCCAGCAUUCCAGAAUUUAGUUAAUAUCAUAGGCAAAUUGCACAAAGUUUGGCCCCAAAAAGUUGUAAUCUUAAAACUAAAACCACUUACAAAAAACGUAAAAAAAAUUAUCUUUAAACUUAAGUAAACAAAAGGAAUAUAUAUUCCACAGUUUCGACUAGUUUCCACGGUUUCCAGGGCUAAUGCACUCCACAAUCUCACCUCCACAAAUGAUUUCAUUUUUAUAAGAUUUUCUGCUGUAUUUCAGUUCUCUGAA